CUAUGAGUCAAUGAAUGCUUUGAAUUGAUUUCGCAGUUAAUUGUCGUUUGAAAGCAAUUCGUAAUACAUUUCAUCGCAAAGUCAUGUCUUUCACGAAGAGUUUGUUUGAGCGACAGAUCGGUUCCAGAGGUCGACCGCCGAAGCCGUCCAUUGACGACGCGUUCAGUAAACUAAGUCUUUGUCGACAGUAUCUGUUCAGCGAUUUAAAUGAAGUGGGAGCGCCUCCUCUGGCUCUGGCCCUCAAUCGGCGCCUCCUGUGUGUGGCCAACGAUGGCGGAGACGUGGCUCUGAUGGACAAAACGGAUCUCAAUGUCCGCCACAAAUGGACGGCUCAUAACAACGCCAUCUUCGACAUCAAGUGGAGGACGGGUUUUGAUCAUCACUUGGGAACCGCUUCGGGCGACAAGUCUAUCAUUGUUUGGGACAUCAAUACAGCGGAGAAGUACUACUCGUAUGACUGCGCGCACAACGGAUCCAUCAAAUCCAUUGACUUCAAGGACCAGAACGUGUUGGCCAGUGGUUCACGCGAUGGACUCAUCAAGAUAUGGGACCUCCGAUGCGGUCGAGGUUUCAGUGGCGCCAACGACGCGACCAUCAAGUUAUGGGACUUAAGGAAGUGUCGCAGAAAUAAGUCCAACAAAACCUCUUCGACUCCUUUCCGUGAGUUGUAUCAGACGUCGAGAAGGGGUUCACCAUCUCAUGGCUUCACUUGCCUUACGUUCGACUCGAAGCACCGGCUGUUCGCCAGUUGUAGUGAUCACACGGUUUACGGCUAUUUGGGAGACACUUCUCUGCCAUCACUGAAAUGUUAUGGACUUCAGGCCAAUAACUUCACGCGAAUCAACACAUUUGAUGACAACUAUCUAAUCAGUGGUUCAGUGAACGGUCGGGCGUUGAUAUGGUCUGUCGAUUGGAACAGUUGUGACGCAAACACUCCGAGACGAAUACAUCCCAUCUAUUGGUUGCCACACUCUGAGGAGGAAGUGACGGCAAUAGUGGCCGACAAUCAGUCGUAUAGUAUAUACACGUGUAGUGACGACCAGAACGUCAACAAAUGGUCGCUCUUUAACCCGAAUCGUGAACUCGAAGUGAAGACUAAAAGCGAACCAUUCGUUUGCGACACAAAUGAAAUGAAAGCCAAAGAGGAAGAGCGCAAUGUAUUGACCCCUUCGGUGAGUGUCGGCAACGGACAGCCCUUAUGCUCACUAAGCAAUUGGUUGGAGAGGUCAGGCAAACAACACAUAACCCCCUCUCACCCGAACCCAAAGCGAAUGCGUUUAACGCAAAGCACUCCAAGCAAUAGAGCGCUGAAGGAAAACAAAUUGAAACUCAAAUCAAGUAAAAGAAAACUAUUCAAUACUAACAGAAAAAUCAGCGAUUAUUUCACUCCUUAA